GAGAGUAAUGCAUCUCGAGAAGUGUGAAUUGUGAAAGGAAGAAAAAAAACAUAAAUAAAGAAGAGACCAAUUGUCAUGCGAAAACAGAAACAACGACAAACACCGGUCGACCGUGACUGGUUCGACCGAUCGCCGACGUUGAAAAACCGCGGCGCGAUCUGAUCAGCGUGAACAUUGACCUAAUCUAACCUAACUGGCAAGAGCGCCAAGGGCAGAAAAAGUUUCUCCAGGCAGCGUGAAAAAUGUGAUUUCUCGCGCCUCGCAAAUCACGGCGAGUCUCGCGUUUACGCGAGGACUGCAGAGGAAGGGAGCGGACGAGAAAUGGAGAACUACUCCGUGCGCAUCAAUUAUCCGCAGGCCACCCGUGGAGAUGUUGCCGACGAGUCGCCCGCCUUCCACGAUGCCCAACCGAAGCAGCACGCGGAUCACGUCAAAAAACGAGAGGACGUGAUCGUUUUGGCAAGCGACACGAAGGGCGGUCUGUUUAAUCCUAGAGCUCUCCUCUUUCUUACCUUGUGGUACGUCUUCAGUGGAUGCACAUUGUUUCUAAACAAAUACAUACUGUCCUACAUGGAGGGUGAUCCCACAAUAUUGGGUGCUUGUCAAAUGUUGAUGACUGCAAUUUGUGGAUUGAUACAAAUGUACUUUCCAUGUGGUAUGUACAAAGCUAGUCCAAGGUUGAUGAGACCUCCAGGAUUUUACAAACACAUGACACUCGUAGGCUGCACGAGAUUCGCCACAGUAGUCUUAGGUCUAGUAUCAUUAAAUUAUGUAGCUGUAAGUUUCACAGAAACCAUAAAAAGUAGCGCACCUCUUUUCACCGUCCUCAUCAGCAGGUAUUUAUUAGGGGAACAUACAGGAUUAUAUGUAAAUCUAUCUUUAAUACCUGUAAUGGGUGGGUUGGCACUGUGUUCCAUCAAUGAAAUCAGUUUUGAUCUUAGAGGGUUCAUCGCCGCUAUGGCCACAAACGUAACAGAAUGUUUGCAAAAUGUUUACUCAAAAAUGUUGAUCAGCGGGGACAAUUUUAAAUAUACGCCAGCGGAAUUACAAUUUUAUACCAGUUUAGCAUCAAUUGUGGUACAAAUACCGGUAUCGAUACUGUUAGUCGAUCUACCUACUUUGGAGCAUUCCCUGAGUUUUAAAUUAUUCGCAGCAUUCCUUCUCAACGGUAUAUUCUUCCAUUUUCAAAGUAUUACCGCUUAUGUACUUAUGGACUAUAUCAGUCCUGUGACACACAGUGUUGCUAAUACCGCAAAGAGAGCUUUCUUAAUAUGGCUCUCUGUUCUAUUAUUUAAUAAUCCUGUGACGGGAUUAUCCGCCCUCGGCACUUCCUCAGUUAUAGUAGGAGUACUGCUGUACAAUCGGGCGCAGGAAUACGAUAGGAUAAAUAGAACGAAGAGGAUACCAUAUUCAUCGAAGAUCAAUUUGCAAUAGGACAAUUUUCCAAUCUGUAAAGAUUUCAUAUAUACAGGAGAACAAAUGUGUGUCACAAAUGUGAGAACAAAUCACUGCAUCGAAUGUAUUGGGAGUGAGGAGUACAAACGAUACUCAGUUUCUUUCACAGCAGUAUUCUGUGGAAACACAAAAAUAGUACGUAUUUAUAACAUCAAGACGAAGGACAAUCAAUAAAAAAAUUUGUUUUUGGAAUUUAAUAAUUUCCAGUGAACUUUUGUGAUAUGUUAAGAACAAUUAGUUUGAUCUCAUUUGCAAAUUGUAAU